GUGUCCCAGGGCGGCGCGGGCGCCGGCCGUCUCCUUUGGACUACAGUUCCCAGAAGUCCUCUGGGGAACUGCUUCCCUCUCUCGUUUCCAGGACCACAAUUCCCGGAGACUUCAGCUUCUCGACAGUUGUCUUUUUACUCGCUCUCGUCUUGAGCUGGCUGGGUUUCAGCCGGCCAGCAGGCGCACAGUGACGACGUGAUCCCUCGUGACCGGGCACAGGGUUUCCUCAGCGGCCCGUUUUUCUCCCUACUCAGUUAUUCCCUUUGCAGGCCGUCGCGGCUGGCCUGAGCGGUGACCUGGCGGGCCGCGCCUGCGCUCUGCCCCGUUUCCUGCCUGGCUGGUGGCGGCGGCCAUUUUGUUCAUCCUCCUCCUCCUCCUGCUCCUGGUUGGAGCGCAGUGUCCGGAGCGGGCUGGGGGGAGAGACCCCGAGUGCAGGGUUCGGUGCCUUUUCCUCUGUCCCCAGCUGGUGCCCGGAGCCCCCUCCCCUUCCUCCCCACCCCCUCCCCUCCCCAGCCCUGCCCUCCCCCUUGUCCCGGGAUCGCUCCGUCGCACCCACCAUGAUGGAAGACGACGGGCAGCCCCGGACUCUAUACGUAGGUAACCUCUCCAGAGAUGUGACAGAAGUCCUUAUACUUCAAUUAUUCAGUCAGAUUGGACCCUGUAAAAGCUGUAAAAUGAUAACAGAGCAACCCGAUAGCAGAAGGGUCAACUCUUCUGUUGGAUUUUCUGUUUUGCAGCAUACAAGCAAUGACCCAUAUUGCUUUGUGGAAUUUUAUGAACACAGAGAUGCAGCUGCUGCAUUAGCUGCUAUGAAUGGGAGAAAAAUUUUGGGAAAGGAGGUCAAAGUAAACUGGGCAACAACACCAAGUAGCCAGAAAAAAGAUACUUCCAAUCACUUCCAUGUGUUUGUUGGGGACUUGAGUCCAGAAAUUACAACAGAAGAUAUCAAAUCAGCAUUUGCCCCCUUUGGUAAAAUAUCCUGCCCAAACUCCAAAAUGAUGGUAGAGAAUUGACCAAGAAAAAUAAAGAAAUCUGUUAACAGGCCAUGGAUGCCCGAGUAGUUAAAGACAUGGCAACUGGAAAAUCCAAAGGCUAUGGUUUUGUAUCUUUUUAUAACAAACUGGAUGCAGAAAAUGCAAUUGUGCAUAUGGGAGGUCAGUGGUUGGGUGGUCGUCAAAUCAGAACCAAUUGGGCCACACGUAAACCACCUGCACCUAAAAGUACACAAGAAAAUAACACUAAGCAACUGAGAUUUGAAGACGUAGUAAACCAGUCAAGUCCAAAAAAUUGUACUGUGUACUGUGGAGGAAUUGCUUCUGGGUUAACAGAUCAGCUUAUGAGACAGACAUUCUCACCAUUUGGACAAAUCAUGGAAAUAAGAGUUUUUCCAGAGAAGGGCUAUUCAUUUGUCAGAUUUUCAACCCAUGAAAGUGCGGCCCAUGCCAUUGUUUCGGUGAAUGGUACUACGAUUGAAGGACAUGUCGUUAAAUGCUAUUGGGGUAAAGAAUCUCCUGAUAUGACUAAAAAUUUCCAACAGGUCGACUAUAGUCAGUGGGGCCAGUGGAGCCAAGUCUAUGGGAACCCACAACAGUAUGGACAGUACAUGGCAAAUGGGUGGCAAGUACCGCCUUAUGGAGUAUACGGGCAACCAUGGAACCAGCAAGGAUUUGGAGUAGAUCAGUCACCUUCUGCUGCUUGGAUGGGUGGAUUUGGUGCUCAGCCUCCCCAAGGACAAGCUCCUCCCCCUGUAAUACCUCCUCCUAACCAAGCUGGAUAUGGUAUGGCAAGUUACCAAACACAGUGAGCUGGGACUCGAAACAAAAUUGUAAUUCAUGAAUGCUUCGGUUUCCUGUGACACUCUGAAGACAUGGAAGUAGACAUCGGAAAAUGAAAAUAUUUAUUUUAAAAAUGGAAAUGUUUGGAACCUUUAACACAGCUUUGCUUUGGUGAAGGACACAUGUCUUCUAGUUCUGCCUUUUUAAGUUUUUGUUCAUGAUGGAUAUGAACAUGAUUUUUCUUUGUGUACAAAAACUAAAAUAAAGUCAAUAAAGACAAUUCUGACUACCAAUUUUGAUAUAAUAGGAGAAAUGGGUAAUACAUUUUGAUUCUUAGAUACUAUUCCAUUUUUAUCUUGCUGUUCAGUAUUUUAACUCACUGUGUUUUUAAAAGAGCAAAAAAAGGGAGGAUCGUGAAAAACUGGGAAUCACAUAUAAGUUCAUCCUGAACCUUGAUACUCCCCUCCCCUACCCUGAGGUGGACCACAUUUGAAGUCAGCAGAAAAAAGUGUGAUUUUGAGAAGAAAUACAUGGUUUUGGAGUCACUUUGGAGGAAACAUUUACUGUAUGCCUAAAGAAACUGACACCAGACUGUUGCAACGUACUAAAUAAGGAACAGUGUUGUCUGAGUUACUUUGAGCAAAUGGUGGUGGUGGGCCACAUUAAGACGUAUUUUUAAAACUUUAAGAAGUGUUAUUAAAACUGUAGUAAAUUACAUUUCAUUUGGGGGGGGGAUGCCAAGUAUGGUGUUUGUAUUAAAGUCAGGCAGUCAUACUUGUGCUUUUACAUGGUUUAGAUGAUAUACAUUGUAAAUAUUAAGUAACUACAGUGUUUCAAAAGCAUGCUUCAUAGAAGUAGCAACAGUGUAAUUAUUUGAAGUAACACUUAACACACUCCACUGCAUUGAAUGCAAUGGAUUGAUAAUAUUUAAGACUGACAUUUCCAGGUUGGCUACUAUGUAAAAUUAAAACUACACAAAUUACUAUACAGAAAAAGCCUUAAAUUUUGAUUUCGUACAAAUCUUUGAUGCGUUAGUACAUUUUAAAAUGUCAUUGGAAAUUAGAUUUUUUCCCCCUUUUUUUCCUUUAUAUCACUUGGUAUGUAAAUACCUUGAUUAAGACCUUGUAAGCCUAUUUCAAGGUUCCUAUAAGUUGUAUAUACAGGUGUUUUUUUAAAAUCUUGAGAUGUUUUUAAAAAUCAGAUAUAUUUUGCCCAAGAAUUUUUUUAACAAGAUUGCUAAAACAUCUUAUUUAAGACAGUUCAAUCAACCAAUUUAUAAUUGGAUAUUCAGCUUAAAUAGCACAUGGAGUUGUGACUUUUAUUUUUAACUUGUUUUUCUUGUGUGGGUAUUGUGCAUGGGAUGACAGCCUGAAGAGGCUGAGUUGUAUGAGUGCAGACAGACGAAAUGAAUCAAUUUGGGUAGAUGUAUCAAAUGAAGUUUACUUUUGAGGUAUUUUUCAGCCUAUGUGGAUAAAAUCUGUCUCUAAUUUUUAUCAUAACAGGUAUGCAGACGAGAUAAAAUUCUCUGUGUUUGAGUUCUGACAGCUAGGGGGUGCAAAUGUUCAGGCAGUGUAUUUAAAACGUUUUGAGGCCUGGGCACCAAAAGAAAACCUUUUACAGUUAAGUAGUAAGUUGCAACUAACAACCAACAGAUUACUAUUUUUUAAACUUUUGAAGUCUUACAAUUAGCUUUGAAAUAAUGAUGGUUUUAUAAAUUGGUGACCACAAUAAUUUUGGUAUUAUUUUCCUUCUUCCCCCAUUUAGAAAUACAGCCAAAUGUUACCAAACCUGAAGAUUUCACAACGUCUGAAGUUCUUUAUCCUUGGGCCAAAUUUUUAUGGCACUUUAGUUUUAACCACAGGACUCUUCUAUUACAAAAUUUACCCUUAUUUCUUUUGUUCAUGGUUAGUGUCUUUGGGGAUAUUACAAAAAAAUUAUAUUUUAUAAGGAGAACACUGAAAUUAUAUCAAUUAUGCCUCCUAGUUAAACAUUUCUUGAAUAUAUGUGAAACUUGAACAACUAAAGACUUUUUUAAUAUAUUGAUAAAAGUCUAUUAAAUUCUCAGUUUGCCUUUUCUUGGUCCGCCAGUAAAUUAAGUAGCUUAUUGCGAUAACAGCUAAAUAAAGCUGCAGUGUUUCCUAGUUGUAUAUUCUAUGACUUAAUAAAAGUAUCAGGACUGGUUAUAUUGCCAUAGUAAACAUGACUGAAGUGUCCUUCCUCUGAAUCUGAAAGAACAGGAUUUCACGAUCAGGUCAGUUAGUGGAAGUCAUUUCAUACUAAAUGGUUUUUUAAAUUGAAGCUACUUAUCCAAAUGAAAUGCACCAUUUUAGAGUACAACUGUCAAGCUAACACAGACUCCAGAUGAUUUUGUAGCAAAGUGAAGUCAGUGCUAUCUUGAUCAAUUUCAGCCUAAGAAUUGUUGCCUUUUCCAUGUUCAUCACAAACAGCAGCAGAGAUUCUUUGGCGUGCAACACAUGUUUCUUAUAAUUAUUUUGAGAUUUAUUUUGGUGAUGUGUUUUUUGACUGCCAUCUUCUUUGCCCUAAUAAUCUGGUAUUUCUCCCCAUGCCAUUCCCACUGAAUUUUUAUGUCUACUAGCAGUAAGAGGCUAAAAUGACUGGCCAACGAAAGCCAAAGCUGUAAACCACAGUUGAAGUAAGUCUUUCAAUAAAGACUAGACUAUGAUAAGUGGCCUUUACUUAUUGUCGUUUAUUACAUAAUUAUUUCUUCCAGGCUGC